UAAACACAUUCUGAACUAGCCUUAACGUAGUAGCCUCACCCCCAGUGCCAAGACAUGCUAGAUCCCCAUGCGUACAGCAGCCCACGUAUGUUCUCGGUUAGGCUUUACAACGGUCUUUAUUGCGGUGAUCAUUGUGGGUUUGAGACGGUGAAAGAUGACGGCGAGGAAAGCCACUUUCCAGCCGCUGUCCAGCUCUCGCAUCCCGGAAAGGAAGGGAGAGGCUGACCGGGUUAAUGCUAACCUGGAGUGGUCAUAUUCUUCCACACCACAGGAGCCGGAGAAAGGGCCGACGUCCGCGGCUGGGAUCCAUGCGCACGUCGUGGGGGCUGUCGGGGGCUCUGGAGCGGUGGAUGAGUCGUCAGACAGCGAGGGAGAACAAGAAGGCCCCCAGAAACUCAUCCGGAAAGUGUCGACCUCCGGGCAGAUCAGAAGCAAGACGAGUGUGAAAGAGGGAUUACUGCUGAAACAGACCAGUUCCUUCCAGAGGUGGAAAAAGCGCUACUUCAAACUGAGAGGACGAACACUCUAUUACGCCAAAGAUGCCAAGACGGGCAGUGCCCUGGCACGCUGGCAGGAGCGGGCGCUGAGGGGGGUGUCCCGGAGCCGGGUGUGCUGGAGGGUGCUCUCGGUGUGCUGGACGGGGCCCCGUCGGGCCCCCCCGCCUCUCGGCGCCAGCGGAUCGGAGGAAGGUCUGGUGACAAUGCGGUCACUCAUCUUUGAUGAGGUGGACCUAUCAGAUGCCAGCGUUGCUGAGUCCAGUACAAAGAAUGUCAACAACAGCUUCACGGUGAGCAGCUACUAACUCAAGAAUUAUGUU